AUGGUUCGGGGGAUGUUCUCACCCUCGGGGUGUGAGGGGAGCGCGAGGGGGCGGGGCGCGCGGGGCGCGCGGGGCAGGGCGCGGCACGGUAGUCGAACAGUAGCUCCGCGGUCCCUGUCCGGUGCGGACGUGCGGUGCCCUCGUCUGCUCCUUCGUUCCGAGCACAAUAACAUUAUCGAUCUCCCCUUCGCCAGAACAGACUGGAGUUCAGAAAGCUCCUCUUCCCCCGCGUCCCCUUCACCUGAACUGGACGCGGAGCUAGUCCGAGACGCACCCCUCUACCCCCCACUCCGCGACACUAAUGAAAUUGAACUCCCUUACAACGACGUAGAAACCAGCAUCGAAAGAGACCUAGUCACCCCCGACGAGACUGAACGCGUAACCAAGGUACAAAACGAAGAGAACGGAGAAAGAGAUAAGAGAAGUACCGGACAGGAGUGGGACAGAACUAAGACUACGAGUCGUCGUGUUAAAACUGGGGACACGAUUCUAAACAUUCGCGGUGCUGUCCGGGACGCCAUCGGAGACGCCGGAGCUGCCCCCGGACCGCGGGCUUCGUCCCGACUGGACACGUUCGUCAUACGCCCGGCGCAACAACACCGGCCGCCCAUGCACGACCAGCCUAGAGUACAACCUUCGACCAGUCAAGUACCGAAGUAUGACCGGGAGCUAGUGGUGGAGGCCCACGCUCGCGCCGCGAUACCGUGCGACCUUCUGAACGUCACCAGCGUGAGGUGGUACAAGGAUAACGAGCAAAUGAACCUGCCCUCAUCGAGCGGUGGGGGAGAAGCAAUAUGGAAGGAAGCCGACACAGCCGUGGUGGGACGAGCCACGCGAGGAGACGCCGGCAACUGGCGCUGUGCUGGAGUUGAUAAAGCCGGCAAGACCAUUGCUGGGAAACCGACCAGGCUGCUCAUCUAUGAGCCGGUGCGGUCGGUGUACCUAGCGGUGGACGGGCGGAGACUCGACGCGGGGAACACCUGGGUGCCGGUCAGGGACAAGACCGAGCUGGAGGUGCGAUGUGUCGCUGAGGGUGGAGCUCCUCCACCGGAGUUGUCGUGGAGACUGAUAGCGCUGGAGCCAACGUUGGACCAUCGACCGUAUCUGAGGAUACAUCACACUAAUUACUCUAUCGAGGGCGUGUCGGUGUCACACGCGGCCGUUACAGCAGCACGCGAGCUACAUAACGCGACUCUCCAGUGCGAAGCAAAGCAACGGAAGCCAAACCUGCCUCCUUCUAUAGAGCCCACAGCCUCCCACGACGUGCAGACCGCUAAACUAGAGAUACAUGUCACUUAUCCUCCAUCAUUCGUGAUAUCUCGCUGGCCUGGUUUUGGAGUAUCACUAUCAGCUGGAGGAGCGGCCGCAUUGAGAUGUGACGUCGACGCCAACCCGCCGGCCAGAGCGUGGUGGCAAAGGGACGAUGCCAGUCCCACAAGCUCCCCCCCUGCAGAGGAGGGUGGGGAUGCAGGUGUGGGUGCGGCCACACUCCGCUGGCAGACCCUCCGCGCUGCACAUGCGGGCUGGUACCGGUGCAGGGCGACCUGGCUCGACACGGACUACUCCUCCAUCGGGUACUACCUCAACGUGCUCUCUCCCGAAGAGAACACAGAACCAGUAACGGAGCCAGAGGAAGUCGAAGAGGAGCCAGACCAUCAAAAAGUAGAGGUGGCUCUCGGUGGAAACGUGCAGUUACAUUGCCCCAAAGGUAGUGUUGGGUGCUGGUGGCGGCGUGUGGUCGGCAAUUCCAGUGAGAGCUGGGCGCCGGCCGGCUCCCACCACGCGCACGGAGUGCUCGGUAUAAAGGAAGCGUUGUACCAGGAGGGAGGGGAGUACCGGUGCGUCGGUGCGCGGGCGCCUGAUCUCAUGCGGCUUCGAGAGUUGAAGAGGGUCACGCUCAGGGUUACUGGCGGCGCGACGGCCACGGCUCUGAGCGCGGAGCCGGCGCGCGGGGGCUGGCGGCUGGAGUGCGGCGCGUGCGGGCGGGCGCUCCGCGUGCUGUGGCUGCGGCGCGGGGUCACCGCCCCCGCCGACCUGCUGCCGGACCUCGCCCAGCACUGCUGGAGAGCCGUGCUACACGUCACCGAGCCUGAUGAGGUAUGGUGCAUAGCGGUAGGGGGGAGCGGGGGCGGCGGGUCGGUGGCGGUGUUCCCGCGUCGCGCCCCGCACCCCUCCCCCGCGCCCGCCCGCCACACCGUGCGAGCUCUGUACAACAACGCACAUCGCAAUCUACCCACCCUCUUCCUUAUAUUCAUACUAACACUCGUUUACCAAUUGAAAAGCCGUAUAUAAUGCCAGCUCAAGUGACGUUCUACCAAUAUUUACAUUUCUAUGAAACCAAUUCAUUGUUGUCGCAGCUCGGAAUCAGCAAUGUACUUGGAUGCGUGCAGAGAUUUAACAGAAUGACACGGUUAGGUUUAAUCCACUCUAGAUAUUGAAGUCGGUAACGAUGAUCUGACUGUGUGAGACCCGAAUGAGG